AUGCAGUCCCAAGGGUAUCGCAUCAUUCCGGUGAACCCGGCGUUGAACGGCGCCACCGUGCUGGGCGAGCAGUCGUACAACGACCUGGAGCCCAAAGGUGCGGCCAUCGACCUGGUGGACGUGUUCCGUCGCAGCGAGUUCGCCGGCGCGGUGUCCGACGACGCGGUGAGCAUCGGGGCGCGCUACAUCUGGAUGCAGGACGGCGUGGUGGACGAAGCAGCCGCCGAGCGCGCCCGCACGGCCGGACUGGGCGUGAUUAUGGACGACUGCAUCCUGAGGCAGCACAAGCGGCGGCGGGGGUAA